AUGCCUUUCUCACGCCUACAACCAAUCCCAUCGAGUUCCCUUGGGCUGACAAAAACACAAGCAAAGAGUAGAAAAUAUAAUGAAAGGCUGCUUCUUUUGACACACUUGCUGCAAACUUUUGAUGCUCAAAAUCACCAAAAUGAUCCUCAGUAUGUCCAGCUGUGGAUAAUUUAUGCAUCCCUGCAGCCAGACCCCCUAUCCAUAUGUCUAUCUCUCCUGGACAGAAACAUUGGCACAACAGACGCCAAUCUUUAUCAGACAAUCGCAAAUCACUACAUACACCACUCUGAACCAGAAAAGGCUUUGUCUAUUUUGGUGCAUGCAAUCAAAAGAGGUGCUCAACCUGCACAAGCCAUUCGACAUCAAUAUGAAGCCCUACUGGCCAAUAUUCAACUUUCAGCUGUCACAAAUGACAUUACCACCGAGGCUCGUAGUGAAUGGAUAAACCACUGUCUGUUACCAAGAGGUAAAUGUUCAGUUGACAAUUUAUUUUCUGCAAUUAUAAUGUGUAUGGUUCACGGACCACCUGAAGGAUUGCUGGAGUUGGGCUCAAACUCGCUUGAAUCAUUAUUGAAUGCCUGUGACUGUCUUGAAUCGCAGAUCCGUUUGUGUGGACGGGUUGCCCGGCUGAAAGAAUGUGUUGGCCGAGGAGAGGACAUUUCGCUAGAGGAGCUGAGGUCCAUGUCCAUGGCCAAGUCAAGAUCCAAUUGGCCAACCCAUAAAUUUAUUCACCGUUCCAUGGAAAAAUUUGACCCUGUCCUAUGCCAUCAAAAGCUAAACUUGGUGUCUGGCAAGAGUCAAUUAGAAUCUCACCAAACACAAAUAUCGUCUGCUGUUCUGCAUCUGCCCGUACUCAAGCACCCGGACAUCGAUCGUUUCUUGCAAGACCACAGACAUUUUCAUGACCUGUCUUGUCAACCGACACCAAAGAUUGGUGCCCUCAAGACUAAUUCGAAAUCACUCCGCCGCCAUCUACUACCACCACCACCAAUAUUAGGAAAAACAAGAACAAGAACAAGGGAAACUCAGCAGUCUGUGCCUGUCAUACGGCUUCAAUCAGACUACCAAGUCAUUAAUGUCCUAGGCAAAGGAGGCAUGGGCACUGUCUACAAAGUCAAGCAGAUCCACACCAACAAAACCUAUGCCUUGAAGGUCCAGUCCCCAGCCCAUCCUCUCGAGUUUUACAUUCUGCAGCAGCUGGCCCAGAGACUAAACCGGCCUGCAGACCAUCUGAUCACAACUGCUCACAAUGCAUGGGUCUACAACUCGACCAGCUUCAUGCUCCUAACCCAUCUCGACGGAGGUACCCUGCUGGAUUGCUUAAAUAUCACACGCACACAAACAGACCUAAAUACAUACACAAGCACAAGCACAAACACAGGCAGAGGCACAAACCAGCCUGCAAUGCCAGAACCCAUGGCUCUCUUGUUGUCCAUGAACCUCCUUGAUGCCGUCUGGGAAACACACCAGACCGGAAUAAUCCACGGAGAUCUCAAACUUGACAACGUACUGAUGGACUGGCAACCAGACAUACCAACAUCCACUACAGUCUAUCAUCCACGUCACCCCUGGUGGCAUCCGAUACGUCUCAUUGAUUUCGGCCGCUCUCUAGACACAACCCUCUGGCCCAAAUCAUCAAACCUCAAGUGCCUGGCGUCCUGGUCGCCCCAACCACACGAUAUGCCAGACAUCAACACAAAGCCAUGGUCUCCCAGAGCCAUUGACUAUUGGGCAGUAGCUUCCAUGGCUCAUCUUCUGUUAUUUGGCCAGCCCCUGCGGACUCUAGAGCUCCGACAGCCUAUCAGACGCUACUGGCACACCACGCUCUGGCGUUCUUUUUUUGAUGUUCUUCUCAAGCCAGUAGCAGCCCAAAGUCCAACCCAACCAGAAGUUAAUCGAGACUAUGAUCAAGACAACAAUCAGGCUGUUCAGAAGGUUAUACAAGACAUCCAGAACUGUCUGAUUACUGAAUCUCAAAAGGACCCCAGAUUAUUCAAAUUAAGAAUAGGUCUCCAACAAAGUUUACAACAAUAUUUAAAAACCCAAAACCUAAAAUAA